GUUUUAGACACCUCAAGCGUCCGCCAUAUUGAAAGGUUUUGGAGAUUGCUAUGGGUAGAUCAAGAAGUAGAAGUAGAUCGUCCAGUAGACAAAGGCAUCGUUCUAAACAUAAGAAACGACGCACACGGUCUAGAUCCAGAUCCAGAGAUACAAGAUCCUCGGUGUCAAAUCGACAUAGUUCCAACAGAAACCGUUCAAGGUCAAAAGACAGAAAGAGAAGCAGAAGAGAGAGAAAAAGAACACCGUCAUCCAGUAGUUCCAGUAGUGAUGAUGACUUAAUCAUUCGAGCAAAGCGAAGAGAGGAGGAAGAGAAGAAAGCCGAGUUAGAACGACAGAGAUUGAUACGACAGAAAGAACUAGAAGAGAAGUUGAUAGAAGAGGAAGUCGCACGACGUGUGGAAGAGUUGGUGGCCAAGAGAGUGGAGGAGGAAUUGGAACGGCGAAAAGAUGAAAUUGAGGCUGAGGUCCGGCGGAGAGUGGAGGAGGCCAAAAAAAUCAUGGAAAAACAAAUGUUGGAGGAGUUAGAACGACAAAGAGAGGCUGAGUUACAAGCUCAGAAAAAGAAGGAGGAGGAAGAAAGACUCAAACGACAGGAGUUGGAAGACAUAAUGGCAGAAAAUAAUAAAAAAAUUGAAGAGGCACAAAAGAAAUUGGCUGAAGAGCAAUUAAAACUUGUUGAAGAACAGAGACGCAUGCUUGAAGAAAAACAACGAAUGGAGGAAGAGGACAGGAGAAGGAAAAAACGAGAACAAGAAGUGAUUCUGAACAAAAAGAACGCAAGACCGAAAUUGUCUUUCAGUCUAGGAGGAAAGUAGUAAUGCCUCAUUCUCCUGAUGUAAAGCAAUUUAUGACAGAUCAUAGAUCUCAUGGAAGAAAAAGUUGUGGUCCUUUUCCUAUGUUAUGAUUAAAUAUUCCUUAAACUGGAUUUAUACAUCUAACUGGAGCCAGAAAGAAAAAAGACGAUGGCAUUGUUUUAUACACAUUUAUGUGCUGGAAUUUAUAUGAUGCAAAUUUUCAUGUGUUUGUUUCAUUUAUUUACUGGUCACACUUUGCAUCAUGUAAAGUCCCACAUGUAUCAUUCUACGUCAACCUUGACAAACUCAUUGAAACCAUGAUUCAAUAUAUGGUCAUGUGAAAAUAAAGUCAUUCUUAAACAUU